GGACCGUCGGCUCAAAACGAAUUUGGACCGUCGGUUUCCUGGCAUAUUCGUCAGGAUUUUUGGGAUGAGCCCUAAACCCUGGCGCGCGGAAUGGUCCAGUGUUUGUAUUCCUCUUCCGCCGCUGCCGCCCCCAAUCUCUGCUUCUCUUUGCGAUGCUCGCGUUGGAUCUUCAGCAGAAGCGCCAAAUCGGCCGCGGCGAGGAGGAAUUCCGCCGCAUUCACCAGUGUAAGAGCAGAGAAGGAGAACGAUCGCGAUGGGAGGACGUUUGUGGUGACGACGCCGCUGUAUUACGUGAAUGCGGCGCCACAUAUGGGCAGCGCCUAUCCCACCAUCGCCGCGGACGCAUUCGCGAGGUUCCAGAGGCUCCAAGGAAGGAAUGUCGUGUUUGUGACCGGCACGGACGAGCACGGCGAGAAGAUUGCCACUGCUGCCGCUGCGAAAGGCCGGAAACCAAAGGAACAUUGCGAUUUGAUUGCUAACGAGUACGCAAGUCUUUGGAAGGAUCUCAAUAUAUCUUACGACAAGUUCAUUCGUACCACAGACGAAGCCCACGAGCGCGCGGUGGAACAGUUUUACAAAAGAGUUUAUGACAAAGAGGAUAUCUACUGUGCCAACUAUGAGGGACUAUACUGUGUAAAUUGCGAGGAGUAUAAGGAUGCCAAGGAUUUGAUCGAAGAACACUGCUGUCCUAUCCACAGAAAGCCUUGCGUAGAGCGCAAGGAGAAAAAUUACUUCUUUGCUCUAUCGAAGUAUCAGUCACGACUGGAGGAGCUCUUGUCUACCAGGCCUGCCUUUGUGAGGCCUCCAUUUCGGAUGAAUGAGGUGUUGGGAUGGGUGAAGGAAGGUCUUCACGACUUUUCUAUCUCCAGGGAAGCCGUAGAAUGGGGAAUCCCUGUACCGACGGACAAGAAGCAGACCAUUUACGUGUGGUUCGAUGCACUACUCGGGUAUAUUUCAGCUCUACUCGAUGGAAAAGAAGUGACACCUGAAAAUGCAGCCGCUUCUGGCUGGCCAGCUUCAGUUCAUAUCAUUGGAAAGGACAUAUUACGCUUUCAUGCCGUUUAUUGGCCUGCAAUGCUUUGGUCAGCGGGGUUUGCAAUACCAGAAACAGUGUUCGGCCAUGGAUUUCUCACAAAGGAUGGCUUGAAGAUGGGAAAGUCUCUAGGCAACACAAUCGAGCCACAGGAGCUGGUCUCGAGAUUUGGAGUUGAUUCUGUGAGAUACUUCUUUCUGAACGAGAUGGAAUUUGGCAGAGACGGCGAUUAUUCAGAGGAGCGGUUUAUAACCAUCGUGAAUGCACAUCUAGCCAACACAAUCGGAAAUCUUCUCAACAGAACGCUUGGUCUUUUGAAAAAGAACUGUGCGUCAACAAUAUCAGUCGACUCGGAGUCCAUCCCGGAAGAAAAUCCCGUGCGGGUAUUUGCUGAGGCAGCUGUUGCACGCGCGAAGAGACGCUACUCUGAGCUUCAUUUCUCGUCGGCCUGUGAGGCUCUACUAUCCUUAGCGAACACGGGAAACGCUUACUUGGAAGAGCGCGCUCCAUGGACGGGCUUCAAACAAAAAGCAACUCCAGCAGCGGAGGCAGCGGCAAAGGACUUGGCCGUGAUCUUGGAGUCCGUGAGAAUUCUCUCGGUGGCACUCUCGCCAGUGGUACCAGAUCUUUGCAAAAGAAUGUGGCUACAGCUCGGUUAUCAAGACGAGCAUUUCAACCAAAUCUCUUGGGACGAUACAAGAUGGGGUGGUCUCAAAGCUGGCCAGCUCGUCGCUACUCCAUCGCCAGUAUUCCCAAAGAUCGAAGCCGAAGUGGCCGAUAGUAGCCUCGCAAAGGCUGCCGUCUAGAUUGUAAGCUGAAUAUCCUCUCGAGCAGAAUAUUCUCUUGCGGCUCUUAAGCAGAAUAUCCGCCUUUAUAUCCGUUUA